AUGCAUUAUCCUGAAGCAAUGGAGCUGCCCGAUGAUAUGGAGGGCAUGCUGGCGCUGCUGGAGCGCAUGGGGCCGGACAGCGAAGAUGGCGAGGGUUCGACUUCGCUCCACGAUACAGGCCCAUCGUUCCAGGUCCGCGUGUCCAGUAUGGACUCGCUUUUGUGUACCGUGACAGCUUACGGUGGGUGGUCUUCGCACCGGUUGAAGAUGGCAGUCCAGGCCAACAGCUCGUGGUCGGAACAUCGGCAGCGUUUGUUUUAUGGCACGCAAGAGCUGUGUGGGGUUUUGCUCCAGGCCAGCAGGCACCCUGACAAGCUGUCAGACUUGCUCAAUGACCCGUGCGAAGGUGCCGUCAUCAACAUCACAGCAGUGAGCCGGACAACAGCACAAGAAGAAUUUCUGGAGGCGCUGGCCGGCAUGCUGUGCGAUGGGGACGUGUCUGACCUGGUACAGCAGGCACCGGCCGAGGUGCGUGGUGACAGGUAUUGCAUGUUGGCAGUCGUCGCGUGGAACUACAACUAUCCUGACCUGGAGUUCGCAAGCGAAGAGUUGAGGACAGACAGGGAGUUCAUCCUGCAGUGCGUCACCAUUUAUGCCAGAUGCUUGUGGAGCAUCGGGCAGAACUUAGUUGGCGACCGGGCCUUCAUGGAAGAAGCGAUCCGGCGAUCACCAUCUGCCUUGGCAUAUGCGACCGACGACCUCAAGGACGAUGAAGCUCUCGUGCGAUUGGCGGUCAGCAGUUCACCUGCCGCCUUAGUUGGUGCAGCCCCACGAUUCAAAGACAUGAAGGAGCUUGUCCUUCCAUGCGUCACUGCACACGGCUACAGCCUGCGUGACAUGAGCGAUCGCAUGAGAGCGGACCGCGAAGUGGUGCUCGCGGCGUUGUGCAAUCAACCGGCAGUGCUUGAGUAUGCCUCGCUCGCGCUGAAGGCAGACACCAGUGUCGUCGACUUUGCCUUAAGGCACUGUGCAAUGGAGUGGCAGCGGCAAAAAGUGCAGGAAGAGGCCGCCACGGCGCGAGCCUGA